AUGGUUCUCCACAACCCCAAUAAUUGGCACUGGGUCAACAAGGAUGCUUCGUCGUGGACUAAGCAAUACAUCGAGGACAGUAUUAAAGGUCUCGAAGCCGAAGAGAAUGGCGUUACCGCAAAGGUGGACAAGCUGAUCAGCAUGGAUGGAGACGUCGAUGUCAGUCAGCGCAAGGGCAAGGUCAUUACCAUCUUUGACGUGAAGCUUGUCAUCGAGUAUUCUGGUACCACCAAGGAUGCAGAGGAUGUCAGUGGCACAAUCACAGUUCCCGAGGUUGCUCAUGACACUGAAGAAAACGAGUAUGUUUUCGACAUAGACAUCUACUCCGAUGCCAACUCGAAAGCACCAGUAAAAGACCUCGUCCGAUCCAAGCUCGUCCCGCAACUCCGAAAGGAAUUCGCAAAGCUCGGUCCAGCUCUUAUUGCUGAGCAUGGAAAGGAUAUCCAGCACGCACCAGGUUCCGGCCCAUCUAGCGGUGUCUCCACACCUAAGCUUCACCAACCUUCCGCGCCUGCUUCGACCACAACUCAAGCUUCACAUACCUCCAAAGGCGACUCUUUGGUUAACACCACAACUGUCACCGACAGCCAAGAGUUCCGCGCUCCGGCCUCUGAGCUUUACCAAACAUUUACCGACCCCCAACGCAUCGCAGCCUUCACUCGAGCAGCACCCAAGCUCUUCGAAGGUGCUAAGAAAGGCGGUAAGUUCGAGUUAUUCGGCGGUAACGUUACUGGCGAGUAUCUCGAGCUCGUUGAACCUACACAAAUCGUUCAGAGCUGGAGACUGGAUCAAUGGCCCAAGGGACACUACUCUCGUCUCGAAAUCAACUUUGACCAGAACGAUAUCGACAAUGUCACGGUGAUGAGGACGAAUUGGAGCGGAGUUCCCGUUGGACAGGAAGAGGUCACCAAGCGUAAUUGGUCGGAAUAUUAUGUUCGUAGCAUAAAGACUACCUUUGGCUUCGGAACUGUUCUAUGA